UGACGUAGUGAUUGGUCAUCUGCCUGGAUUUCGAAAACUACUUAGUUCGCCUUUACUUUGUUGUGAUUAGGUCGCCGGGCGUCUUUUAUACAUGUCCACGAGUUUUAGUGUAUGUGGAAGAAGAUUUAUUCGUUUGUUUUGCCUGCUGACUUGUCUGAUUAGAUCCUCGAGGCUGCGUGACCGCGUCUGACUGGUCGGAAGUCCCACGGCCGCAGCAUGAAGCUCUACAGCCUCAGCGUCCACCAUAAAGGAGCCACCAAAGCCAACCUGCUCAAAACGGCCCAUGAUCUCUCCUCCUUCAGCUUCUUUCAGCGCUCCAGUAUUCAGGAGUUCAUGACCUUCACCAGUGCCUUGAUUGUGGAACGCACAUCACAAGGAAGUCGGGCCUCGGUCAAAGAACAAGAGUACCUGUGCCAUGUGUAUGUGAGAAAUGACAACCUGAGCGCCGUGGUCAUUGCAGAUACUGAGUACCCACAAAGAGUCUGCUUCACAUUGCUAGACAAAGUAUUAGAGGAGUUCUCCAGGCAAGUGGACAGUAUAGACUGGCCUUCUGGUAGUCCUGAAACCAUAAACUACAAAGCCUUGGAUAUUCACCUCGCUAAAUACCAGAAUCCCAGAGAAGCAGAUGCAAUGACCAAAGUACAGGCAGAGCUGGAUGAGACGAAGAUCAUUUUGCACAACACCAUGGAAAGUCUGCUGGAGAGAGGAGAGAAGCUGGAUGACCUCGUUUCAAAGUCAGAGGUUCUGGGAACCCAGUCCAAAGCCUUCUACAAGACUGCACGGAAACAGAACUCGUGCUGUGAAGUCAUGUGAUGCAGCUGCCACAGGGACAGGCCUCUCUUCUUCUCUUUAUCUUUCUUUCUCUCUCUCUCUCUCUUCUUUCUGCUUUUCCUGCAACUCCCAACAUGCACCAGCUCCACGAAAGGAAAGAUGCCGCACAGACUAGAAGCGCCACGAAGCCGAGUCUCCUUUGUCCGGAUUGGGACUGAAGGAGUGGGGGGGGGGGGUGAAUACAGAAGAAGUACCAUUUGAAAUAUUUUUUGAACCUCUCAAACGUCCAUGUGGUGCUUUAACUGCCAGCUGGAGCCACUAUAGCGUGAGGUUGUGUAUCAGUGGUGUGUCGUCAGAAGUGCGUCUCUUAAACAUUUAAUUUUGUUGUCCCUUUACAGUUCUUGAAUGAGUAUUAACCGCCGGUGUGCUUCUUCUGACAAUCUCCGUUGCAUUUCACAAGAUGCGUCACUCGCUUGGGAUCAGAUUAUGUCAAAGCCCCCCCCCCCCCUUUUUUUCUUCUUUUUUUUCUGAAGGCAUCUUCAGGCCCCUGUGGGCCUGAACGACGAGUUCCAGGGAAACAUGACCUAAUUACAUGACGUCUUAGAUAUUUUUUUCUUCACUUGUCUCAUCGUAUUAAAUGAAAGCUUAAAACAUUCCCACUGUGGGGCGAGUGUGUUCGUAGGUGUGAGGAUGUGAAAUGUAGUGAGAUGUUUCUACAUAGACGGAGCCUUAUUGCAGCGCAGCCCCCCUGUCACUAGGACGAAUGGGCUCGUAAAUUAAUCUCUUCUAUGUAAUGCAUUGUAGCCAUGGUCUUUUUACAUUUUUUUUAAAUACACUCUGGUUGUCCACAUAUAACACGUAGGCAGGUGAGCGUCUGCACCUCUAAAAUCCGUGAACACAAUGAUGGGAUGUGGGACAUCUUCUCCUGAGACGGAUUCGCCAAGGACAAACUGAACAUGUAGUGCAUUUCAUGUCCCUCUCUGACUUAAACACACUCCGUGGCAGACUUGAUAUGUAGAGAUGUCUUUCUCAGUUUUAAAUGAAGAGAUGCCUUCAGUUGUGUGUAGAUGUUUCUCUGCAGUACUUCUGUUUGAUUGGCUGAUAUACAGCACCAAUGUUUAGUGCCUGUGCGUGAGGACCGUUGUGUGUGUGUGUGUGUGUGUGUAUGUGAUCUGAAUCGCUCUUUCUGCUUUUACAGUGAAAAAAAUUGUGCAAUAUGUUUGCAGACUGUCUGUCUUUUAAAAGAGGAGAGAAUAACAGGCGAGCCCUCUAUUAAAGGACACUAAAAUUGACCUUUGUAUUUGCUGUUACGACUAAUUCCCAUGUGAAGCGGGUCAGGGGUUGUUUCUGGGAUUCGUUUCUUUUCUUUCCAGUUAAACAAAAUUGGUGUGUUAAAUCGAUCUGCAUUAAAAACUGAUCUGGAUUUGGUCUGUGCAGAAAUAAAAUAAAGACUUCAGAUAAUAAACUGUU